AUGCCCCCCCAACGCAACGACGAGAUGCGCGUCUUUUCAACCGACAAGGACGUGACCAACGCCUCGAACCUUCUCAGCUCUCUCAAAGAGAAUCUUCCUUUCCUCGACCACGGCCUCGGAAACAUCAUCGUCACCCAGGUCGAGUACUGCAAAUGUCGCUUCGGUGCAGGUAGUCGCUGGGAGCAUGAGUUCCUGAUCGUGACACUGGAGGAAUCCGUGCGAGCUAGGCGGACGGCGUUGCUCAUGGUGGACCGGUUGAAUGAUGAUACGAAGGAGUACAAGGGGCCGGGUGAACUGCUGGCAGAUUUAGUCAGGCACCAGAGCCAGGAAAUGGUUGACGUAGAGGCGGACGUAGAGGCGAACGUAGAGGUGACCGCCGACUCGACCGACUCGAAUUCAUCUGCAUCAUCAUCUAUAGAAUCCUCGACGACAGCCUCGCCUGCCAGAGCCUUACCCAAUGCGCAACAGUGGGGCACCACGAAUCGUUUCCAUCGCUCCGGUGCCAAAGUCAAGAGAAUCACCAAGGGCGAUCCUCCCAAUGCGCUCGACAGGCUCAUUGUCUUGCCCAACAGAGGUGCCAUCGCAAGAGAGCUGGGAGGCUGCCUGUACGACGUUCUCAUGACGAUGGACCUCACCCAGUCGCAAAUCGAUAGGCCUGUCGCCCUCGAGAAUUUUGGACACCUGCUCCGGACCACUUCGAGAAACACCCCGCAGUACCAUUUCAUAUUUGCUCAGUGUUAUUGGUACGCCUAUACGAUUUGGAAGGUCCUUGAGCUGGAGACACAGCCGCAUAUACACAAGGGGGCGCUGGCUGGUCGCCAAUGCUCGCAUUCCUUGACGGGCUAUGGGCAGAGGUUGAUUCUGGGGAGAGGUAGAUCAGUGAAUGAGGUGAGGACCCCAGAGACGAUAAAGGCAGAGUGGGAUGCUGAGAAGGUUGCGGAGGAAGAGGAGUGGGCCCAAUUGAAACAGCAGCAGAAGAAGCUCGCCAUCAAGCAGAAGCAGCUCGCCAAGAUGAAGCUGAGGCUCGCCGUCAAGCAGAAGAAGCUCGGCAAGAUGAAGCUGAGGCUCGCCGUCAAGCAGAGGCUCGGUAUAAGUACUGCAGGCGAUGGAUCUCGACAAAGACUUCGACGGUUCAAUGAGACACAAGGUACGAACAAGCUUCACAACCUAAGUAAGGCAUAUGCAUACAUUAAGGGUGUCCAGGACACGGCAUUGUCUUGA